UCGAACGCUUUAACGUUCCACUACGUGGCCCGUGGGCUCUCAUCGCCGUAUGUGAAAGGUAUUGGUGACAAUUUUGUUCCCUUGGUUGCAUGCGGCUAGAGUAUAUAGUAUGGUAAAACGAUUACCGUCACAAUCCCGAUCGGUUCUGUCAACGAUGUCUUUCUCAACGCACGACCUCCAAAGCCUACAGCUUUCCACGGGGAACACGUUCGGAGCACUUUUUAUUGGGGCUACCGUUGCAGCAUUCCUCUGGGGCAUAAGCAAUAUUCAAACUUUCCUCUACUUUCAGACGCAUAGAGGUACAGGAACAACAUUAUUCAAGCUGGUCGUCUCUUUGUUUUGGAUAUUUGAUGCUCUGCACCUGGCAUCCAUCAUCCAUUGCAUCUAUUAUUAUCUAAUAAGCAACCCCAUGCUCAUGGGUCCGCUCACAAAAGUUAUAUGGAGUUUUAAACUUCAGAUAGCAAUGAAUGCUCUCAUUGCCAAUAGCGUACAUGUUCUGUAUGUCCACCGCGUAUGGAUAGUCAGCAAGGGCCGGUCGAGAGCUUUCCCUAUAAUGGUGGGCAUAAUCGUGGCCCUCGGUGUAGGUGUUGACAUUGCUCUUAUCUCCGUAUUAUAUCGGUGUCAUGUUUUCUUGGACUUGAUUAAAUCCGAGUGGGCAAUAUACACGGCUUUAAGUACGAUCACUGCUGUCGAUAUCACUAUUGCAUCAUCACUGUGGUAUCUUCUCGCCACCUCCCGCACUGGGUUCGCUAGCACGGAUUCCACUGUCAAAAAGCUCAUAGCUUACACCAUUAAUACCGGCUGUAUCACGAGUAUAGGUUCUCUGGCAACUAUGAUUACGUGCGCAACGAUGCCGAACAACUUCAUCUUUCUUGCCGUUGAAUUUUUAGUGGCUAAAUUAUACGUCAACUCGUUUCUCACACUCCUGAAUGCGCGAUACUACCUGCAGGCGCGUGCAGAUUCUUCCAGCCUCCGUACUCGCCAAUAUCUCUACCGACCGGAGCCGCAUAUUAUGGUGUCCCCAGCCGAGGAAUUCCAGUCAUCCAGGAAGAACAUGAAACAUCUCGACGAUGAAGUAGAUUGCACUGGACCUGUACAGACCGACAUGCCACAGCGUCCGCCGAUUGCGGUGACGGUCGAGAUAAGUUCUUUCUCAUCAACGACUUAAUGGAUCGUCGUGCAUGUGUAUUGUUCAUGCGUCCCUCCGCGAGAUAUAGACCUUAUGAGACUUUGAAAAUUAUAACAUCGAGGAGAUUAGACCUCGCCCACAUGAUCCUAUCUCUGUGCGUUCUGAUGCACUGCAUGGU